CCUCGAGAUGUUCUCUGUGGGGCAGCAGAUGAAGUAUUGCUUGUGUUGAAAAAUGAUCGCAUGAAAGAUAAGGAAAAGAAGAAGGAAGUAGAGAGUCUUCUCGGUGAAAUUGCUGAUGAGAGAUUUGCCCUGUUGGUCAACCUGGGAAAGAAAAUAACGGACUGGAGUCAGGAGGAAAAGACACAAACAACUGAGGCUAUUGAUUUUGAUGAAACCUAUGGUGUUAAUGUACAGUUUGAAGAAUCGGAUGAUGAGGAUACUGCAGAUAUGUAUGGUGAAGUGCAGGAGGAAGGAGAUGCAGAUGAAGACAAUGAAGGAGAGGAGGCAGCAUUUGAUGCUACUCUUCAUGCUAAUCUGUCUGAAGAAGAUAAAAACAAAGCAGAUCGUGGACUCCAUCCUAGAGAAAUUGAUGCCUUCUGGAUUCAGAGAAAGAUUAGCAAGUUUUAUCCUGAUGAUCCUAACAUGGCUCAAAGUAAAGCCAAUGAGGUUCUUGAAAUUUUGAAAACUGCAGGAGAUGAUAGAGAAGCAGAAACCAAACUUGUCAUGCUUUUGGAUGUGUCACAUUUUGAGUUCAUUAAAGUUUUACGCCAACACAGACAGAUGAUUUUGUAUUGCACAUUAUUGGCACAAGCACAGACUACUGCAGAAAAGAAGAGGAUUGAGCAGAAAAUGUCAAAUGAUGCUGAACUGGCAUUCAUUCUGAAAUCACUGCAGGCUACUGAUCAAGAUGAUAUUGUCAGCGAAGAGAGAGCUAGAAAGCAGCAAGCCAGACAGUCCCGGGUUGCAGCAGAUAUUGAAGCUAUGGAUGUGGAUGAUGAAGAUGAAGUAGGGCCAGUGCAAACUCUGUAUUUAGAUGACCUUGUAUUUACACAAGGCAGUCAUCUGAUGGCCAACAAGCGAUGCCAGUUGCCAGAUGGAUCAUACAGGAAACAGAGAAAAGGUUAUGAAGAAGUGCAUGUUCCAGCUUUAAAACCAAAGCCAUUUGAUAACAGUGAGACCCUGGUGUCAAUUGAUCAGCUCCCCAAAUAUGCACAGGCUGCAUUCAGUGGAUUUAAAAGUUUGAAUCGCAUCCAGAGUAGGUUGUUCCAUGCUGCCAUUGAAACUGAUCAGAACCUUCUUCUUUGUGCCCCAACUGGUGCUGGUAAAACAAAUGUGGCACUGCUGACAAUAAUGAGAGAGAUUGGGAAACAUGUCAACUCUGAUGGAACCAUCAAUGCCGAUGAGUUCAAAAUUAUUUACAUUGCACCAAUGAAGUCUCUAGCGCAGGAGAUGGUUGGAAACUUCACAGAGCGCUUGUCAGCUUAUAACAUCAAAGUGCAGGAGUUGACCGGUGAUCACCAGCUGACCAGGGAACAGAUAGCGGCCACACAGAUCAUUGUCUGCACUCCAGAAAAGUGGGACAUCAUCACCAGGAAGGGUGGGGAGAAAACCUAUACCCAGUUUGUGAAGCUGAUCAUUUUUGAUGAGAUCCACCUCCUUCAUGAUGAUCGAGGCCCUGUGCUGGAGGCUCUUGUGGCCAGGACAAUUCGCACUAUUGAAACAACACAAGAGGACAUCCGGCUGAUUGGACUCAGUGCUACCCUACCCAACUAUGAGGAUGUUGCAGUGUUCUUGCGUGUGGAUCCAAGAGAAGGUCUUUUCUUCUUCGAUAAUAGUUUCCGUCCUGUGCCACUGGAGCAGCAGUUCAUUGGCAUCACUGAAAAGAAGGCAAUCAAACGGUUUCAGCUGAUGAAUGAAAUCGUGUAUGAAAAAGUCAUUGAACAUGCUGGCAAGAAUCAGGUGCUGAUUUUUGUUCACUCACGGAAAGAAACAGGCAAAACAGCACGUACAAUCAGGGACAUGUGUCUGGAAAAAGAUACACUUGGACUGUUUAUGAAGGAAGGAUCUGCCUCCACGAUUGUUCUGAGACAAGAGGCUGAACAAGUCAAGAGUACUGAACUCAAAGAUUUACUUCCCUACGGCUUUGCCAUUCAUCAUGCUGGCAUGAACAAGGUUGAUCGUAAACUGGUAGAAGACUUGUUCAGUGAUCGCCACAUUCAAGUCCUUGUGUCCACUUCUACUCUAGCCUGGGGUGUGAAUUUGCCUGCACACACUGUCAUCAUUAAAGGGACACAGAUCUACAGUCCAGAAAAGGGUCGUUGGGUUGAACUCAGUGCACUCGAUGUGUUACAGAUGCUGGGUAGAGCUGGCCGUCCACAGUAUGAUACCAAAGGAGAAGGUCUUAUGAUCACCAAUCACAGUGAACUGCAGUAUUAUCUGUCUUUGAUGAAUCAACAGCUGCCAAUAGAGAGCCAGUUUAUCUCAAAGCUAGCAGACAACCUGAAUGCAGAAGUUGUGUUAGGGACAGUGCACAAUGUCAAAGAGGCUGUGGAUUGGUUAGGUUACACCUACCUGUACAUACGAAUGCUUCGCAAUCCUACCUUGUAUGGUGUAUCCCAUGAUGCUCUAAAAGAGGACCCACUUCUGCAACAGAGAAGAAAGGACCUUGUGCAUACAGCUGCCUGCUUGCUUGACAAAAAUGGCCUGCUCAAAUAUGAUAGAAAAACUGGACACUUUCUGAGCUCCGAGCUGGGACGUAUUGCCAGUCACUAUUAUAUAACCAAUGAGAGCAUGGCAACAUACAACCAGCUAAUGAAGCCAACCCUGAGUGAAAUUGAGCUGUUCAGAGUGUUCUCCUUGUCAUCAGAGUUCAAGUACCUCACAGUUAGAGAGGAGGAAAAACUAGAACUCCUGAAGCUGUUAGAAAGGGUGCCUAUUCCAAUCAAAGAAAGCAUUGAGGAACCAAGUGCCAAGGUGAACGUACUGCUCCAGGCCUACAUAUCACAGCUGAAACUGGAUGGGUUUGCUUUGAUGGUUGAUAUGGUCUACAUCACCCAGUCUGCAGGCCGACUGAUGAGAGCUAUCUUUGAGAUAUGCUUGCAUCACGGUUGGGCCCAGCUGGUUGACAAAUCCCUUGCACUCUGUAAGAUGGUUGACAAGCGAAUGUGGCAGUCAAUGACACCUUUGAGACAGUUCAGGAAAAUCCCAGAGCAGGUCAUAAAGAAAAUUGAGAAGAAGAAUCUCCCAUUUGAAAGAUUGUAUGACCUGAAUCACAAUGAAAUAGGAGAGUUGCUGCGCUUGCCAAAAAUGGGAAAGCCCAUUCAUAAGUACAUCCGCCAGUUUCCACGACUGGAGCUCUCUGUACAUAUCCAGCCCAUCACAAGAUCCACUCUGAAAGUGGAGCUGACCGUCACUCCUGACUUCCAGUGGGAGGAGAAGUUGCAUGGAAAUUCUGAGGCCUUCUGGAUUCUGGUUGAAGAUGUGGACAGUGAAGCUAUCCUGCAUCAUGAAUACUUCCUUCUUAAAAGCAAAUUUGCCACAGAUGAACAUGUUGUGAAGUUCUUUGUGCCAGUGUUUGAACCGCUUCCACCCCAGUAUUUUAUCAGAGUUGUGUCUGACAGAUGGAUUGGGACAGAAACACAACUGCCUGUAUCGUUCCGGCAUUUAAUCUUACCUGAGCGUUACCCCCCACCCACUGAGUUGUUGGAUCUGCAGCCUCUGCCUAUCUCUGCCUUACGUAAUCCAAAAUUUGAAGCUCUUUACAGCAAGAAGUUUCCCAUCUUUAAUCCCAUUCAGACACAGGUCUUCAAUGCAACCUACAACAGUGAUGACAAUGUCUUUAUUGGAGCUCCAACUGGAAGUGGAAAGACGAUCUGUGCGGAGUUUGCUGUGCUGAGAAUGUUCUCUCAGAACGCAGAGGGGAGAUGUGUAUAUAUAGCACCCCUGGAUGCUCUUGCACAGCAGAUAUACAAUGACUGGCACAGCAAGUUUGCAGUAGCUCUUGGAAAGAAAGUUGUUAUUCUCACAGGAGAAACAGGAACUGAUUUGAAGCUUCUUGCAAAAGGCAACAUAGUGAUCAGCACACCAGACAAGUGGGAUGUCUUAUCCAGGCGAUGGAAACAGAGAAAAAAUGUUCAAAAUAUCAACCUGUUCAUUGUGGAUGAACUGCACCUCAUUGGAGGAGAGAUGGGGCCUGUGCUGGAGGUGAUCUGCUCUCGAAUGCGGUACAUCUCUUCUCAGCUUGAAAGAAACAUUCGUAUUGUUGCACUGAGCUCCUCGCUGUCCAAUGCCAAAGACAUAGCACAGUGGCUUGGAUGUCCAACUUCAGCUUUCUUUAACUUCCAUCCCAACGUUAGGCCAGUACCACUUGAGCUCCAUAUCCAGGGAUUCAACGUGUCACACAAUGCUUCUCGUAUCAUAGCAAUGGCAAAACCAACUUACCAGGCUAUUAUGAAACAUUCCCCCAAAAAGCCAGUAAUCAUCUUUGUUCCGUCUCGCAAACAAACCAAGUUGACAGCCAUUGAUAUCCUGACAUGUGCAGCAGCAGAGAUGCAGAUCAGCAGUGAUGACAAGCCUCACAGCAGGUUCCUGCAUGUGCCCGAGGAUGAUCUCAAACCAUUCCUGGAGAAAAUCAAGGAUUUGACGUUGAGGGAGACUUUGGCAAAUGGAGUAGGCUACCUGCAUGAAGGUUUGUCAGAAACAGAGAACAAGAUUGUGGAGCAGUUGUUUGCUUCAGGAGCCGUGCAAGUUGUUGUUGUUGCCAGGGGGUUGGCGUGGGGCAUCAAUGUGUUUGCCCAUCUGGUCAUUGUCAUGGAUACACAGUAUUAUGAUGGGAAAAUGCACUCAUAUGAGGAUUACCCUGUGACAGAUGUGCUCCAGAUGAUUGGAAAAGCAAAUAGACCUUUGAUAGAUAAAGAGGGCAAAGCUGUCAUCAUGUGCCAGAGCUCCAAGAAGGAGUUCUUUAAGAAAUUCUUGUAUGAACCACUUCCUGUUGAGAGCCAUCUAGAUCACUGCUUGCAUGAUCACUUCAAUGCUGAAAUUGUAACAAAAACAGUGGAGAACAAGCAGGAUGCUGUCGACUAUCUGACCUGGACAUUUAUCUACAGGCGGAUGACACAGAACCCGAAUUACUACAAUCUGCAAGGUGUCUCCCAUCGUCACUUGUCAGAUCAUUUAUCUGAGAUCGUAGAAAACACAAUCAAUGAUCUGGAGCAGUCAAAGUGCAUCAGUGUUGAAGAUGACUUUGAUGUGUUUCCACUGAACUUGGGCAUGAUUGCAGCUUAUUAUUACAUCAACUACACCACCAUUGAAUUGUUCAGUAUGUCCCUCAACAACAAGACAAAGAUCAAAGGUCUCAUUGAGAUUGUAGCCAACGCUGCUGAGUACGAGAAUCUUCCCAUCAGACAUGGGGAAGCUGCAAUUCUCAGACAGCUGGGAAGCCGUCUACCAAACAAGAUCACCAAUGCCAAGUUCAAUGAUCCUCAUGUGAAGACCAACCUGCUGCUGCAGGCUCACCUGUCUCGCAUCCAGCUGUCAGCAGAACUACAGAGUGACACUGAGGACAUUCUCAACAAGGCCAUUCGUUUGAUCCAAGCUUGUGUGGAUGUGUUGAGUAGCAACGGCUGGCUGAGCCCUGCAUUGGCUGCCAUGGAGCUGGCUCAAAUGGUCACACAGGCCAUGUGGUCUAAGGAUUCAUCUCUCAAGCAGCUGCCACACUUCACCACAGAAAUCAUCAAGAGAUGCCAGGAAAAGAAUCUGGAAUCCAUCUUUGACAUAAUGGAAAUGGAAGAUCAGGACAGAUCCGAGCUGCUCCAGUUAUCUGAAGCUGAAAUGGCAGAUGUGGCAAGGUUUUGUAAUAGGUAUCCCAACAUUGAACUGACCUAUGAGGUCCUGGACAAGGAAAGCAUCAGAAGUGGCUCCAAUAUCAACGUGACAGUGACUUUGGAGAGAGAGGAUGAAAUUACUGGCCCAGUUAUUGCUCCCUUCUUCCCUCAGAAACGUGAGGAAGGCUGGUGGGUGGUCAUUGGUGAUCCCAAAAAUAACUCCUUGCUGUCCAUCAAACGUCUGACCCUGCAGCAGAAGGCCAAGGUUAAGCUCGACUUUAUGGCCCCAGCGCCCGGUCACUACAACUAUGUCAUUUUCUUCAUGAGUGAUGCCUACAUGGGCUGUGACCAGGAGUACAAGUUUAGUGUGGAUGUCAAGGAGGGCGACAGCGACAGUGAAAGCGAUUAG